GAGACACGGCGUCGUGGUUAAUGGCAUGUUUCUUCUCCUUCCUCUUCUUCUUGGUUUCUCCACGCGUGACAAGGAAGGCUCUAUGAGCUGGGCAAACGUCUGGAGAUGCCCUACAUCAACAACACGGUCGGCGGCCUGUCGGUGCGCAGCUCGUACAUCGCCGCCCUCUACUUCACCCUCAGCAGCCUGACCAGUGUCGGCUUUGGCAACGUGUGCGCCAACACGGACGCCGAGAAGAUCUUCUCCAUCUGCACCAUGCUCAUCGCCGUGUACGGCUUUUGGAAAGUGCACAACUGCACACAGAACAAGAAGGAGACAAAGCAGAGGAACGAAGAAGAGGCAGUCAUGGCGACGACGAGUGACAGAGAAUAGAACGAGGAUGGACAAUUCAACCCUAAACUCACUCCUUUCCUGCAAAUUAAAUUUCACAGAUGCUGCCCAUACCUAUGCUCCUUCAAAGGCUGUGCUACUGGCUGCAAAGCAUUGCACUUUCAAAUACAACAAUGAGUAGAGGAGUGUUAUGUGUGUGUAAAUGUGUAA